AAAUCGUCGGUCGUUGAGCGCGGAAGUGCCGAAAACGAAGAACACUGAGAACGAGGCACAGAGCGCGAAUUGUUUGAAUGGCUGUGUCGAUGUGUGUGUGUGUGUGUGGGUGAAAGAACAACAUUGACGGCAGUUGAAGACGUAAAAAUAGUGAAGCAUAAAGGCCAAGAAAAGAAAUCAACACAGCAACACCAACACCAGUAAAAAAGCAACGUGCUUGUUUUUGUUGUGAAUACGAAGUGGAGUUGCUUUUGCUUUUGCGUUUGUAUUUGUAUUUGCUUCUGCUUUUGCUAUUGCUUUUGUUGUUGUCUUGUUGUCUCGUGUACCUGGAGCCAAUUCGUCGCGUGUUUUGUGCUGUAAAUCUCAGUUAGAACCUGCAGCAAUAUUAGUUGGCAAUUGUAAGUGACCACAAGCAGUUGAAGAAUUCUUCGUAGCUUCAACAAACCCCGACAAAAUGUACAUUUAUCAAGAGCUUGCAGCGUGAUAAGAAUUUAAAACGCGUAAAAGGUGUUUUAAUUAAACAUCAUCUAUAGCUAUAAUCUCAAAAGAAAAUUAAAUACAACUUGCAAAAAUGACAAUAACGUACACAGCUGAAGUGGCCACUUGUCGUGGCUUUGGCUGCUUUCUGAAACUACUCCUCAGAUGGCGUGGAAGUAUUUACAAAUUGGUCUGGCUGGAUCUUCUGGCCUUUCUCACCUUAUACUAUGUGCUCAAUUUGAUCUACCGCUUUGCAUUAAAUCCCGGUCAAAAAGAAACCUUUGAAGCGAUUGUGGCCUAUUGCAACAGUUAUCGUGAUCUCAUACCGCUUUCAUUUGUGCUCGGUUUCUAUGUAUCCAUUGUGAUGACACGCUGGUGGAAUCAAUAUACAUCCAUACCUUGGCCAGAUCCCAUUGCGGUCUUCGUUAGCUCCAAUGUACAUGGCCAGGAUGAGCGUGGUCGUGUUAUGCGCCGCACAAUCAUGAGAUACGUGUGUUUAUGCCUAACCAUGGUGCUGGCCAAUGUUUCGCCAAGGGUCAAGAAGCGUUUUCCGGGUCUAAACAACCUGGUGGAAGCUGGUCUGCUCAAUGAAAACGAGCGCACAAUUAUUGAGACAAUGAACAAAGCGUUUCCAAGACCCUCGAAACACUGGCUACCCAUUGUUUGGGCAGCCAGCAUCAUCACAAGAGCCCGAAAGGAGGGUCGCAUUCGGGAUGAUUUCGCCGUUAAGACUAUUAUCGAUGAGCUGAACAAAUUUCGAGGACAGUGUGGAUUACUCAUAAGCUACGAUACGAUCAGUGUGCCCCUGGUUUAUACCCAGGUGGUUACUUUGGCGGUAUACUCCUAUUUCUUGACCUGCUGCAUGGGUCAGCAAUGGACAGAUGGAAAAGUCGUUGGCACCAGCAGCUAUCUGAACAAGGUGGAUUUGUAUUUUCCAGUUUUUACCACGCUACAGUUCUUCUUCUAUAUGGGUUGGCUCAAAGUGGCCGAGUCCCUGAUCAAUCCCUUUGGCGAGGACGAUGAUGAUUUUGAGGUCAACUGGAUGGUAGAUAGGAAUCUACAGGUUUCCUAUUUGAUUGUUGAUGAAAUGCACCACGAUCAUCCAGAACUGCUCAAGGAUCAAUACUGGGAUGAGGUGUUCCCCAAUGAAUUGCCCUAUACAAUUGCCGCUGAACGCUUUCGGGAGAAUCAUCCGGAACCAUCGACUGCCAAAAUCGAGGUGUCCAAAAAUGCGGGCAUGCCCUCAAACAUGUCAUCUGUGCGAAUUGAUGAAAUGGUUGGUAAUUACGGCACCAGCGCGGCUGCUCCUAAGCCGCCUGUCACUGAUCAGACGCAGGGCGCAUCCCUGCAGACAGUUACUUAUGACCUUUCCAAGGGUGCGCCAGACGAGGAGGCUGACGAUGCCAGUGGCAUUCAUUUUUCAGCGGGCAAUGGCAAGACACGUCUCGGAUUGGGAUCUUCGCCCAGUCUGGUUAGCGUAUCUGGCACAUUGUCACGGGUAAAUACUGUGGCAUCGGCCCUUAAGCGAUUCCUUAGUCGCGAUGACAGUCGUCCUGGCUCCGCCACGCCCAGUGAUGAUCCGGGCAAGUAUCGCUUUCCAACAAGCGCCAGUUCGGCCAGCUUAACUGGCGGCACUCCGGGCACUGGAGCUGGAGUGAAGCCUGCUGGGAGCAUGCGCAUCACUCAGCAGGUCAUUGAAGAAGUGGAUGAACAGGCCACCAUCACGUCAAUGCGUCCAGCUGAGCCCCGUCCCAAUGUGAUGAAUAUAUUUGCUGGUCAAGCUGGACAACCCCAAUCGACGCCGCUCCAGCCAACUCUGCCUACUCCAUCGACGGAUCCAUCAGCGGCCCAGGCUCGCUCCCAACCCGUGGACAUUCCCAGACGGUCGCCCAAAUAUGAGCGUGCCCAAUCGCAAUAUGAUCCAACGUCAUCGCUUUUCCCACCCGGUGGCGUGGAUGCAUUGCUAAGCACCUCAGCCCCGGUAGACAGCCCCUCGAUCCUCUCGGCAGCCACGGCGCCCAGUUCGCCGGUGGGUGACAGCAGCAAAUCCCUGUACGAUCAGCAAAAGGCCGCCAGCCGUGAGACGGCGACCGAGAGACCCGAUGCACCGCAGUUUUUCAGGUGGUUCGUAACGCCCGUUGAGAACUUGGACAUGAAGACAUCAAAUGAUUUGCUGGCCAACACAGCAGCCGCCGCAGAGCCCGUGCCGGAUGUGGGCGAUGACUUUGAAAAGUUGAAGGCGGCACGUGAAAAGGAGAAACUGGUGCGCCAACAGAUGAACUUGGCACGCACCAUUAGCACUGCUCCGGGCGUGGAUGCAUCCGGAGUUGUUCCUCUCGUGCCCGUUGUGCCCGUUGCAGUGUCAAUGGCAUCAGUUGCACCUCAAGCGACUGCGCUGCCGGCAGCUGCAUCCAGCGCUGAUUUGUUAGCCGGCGGUGACCCAGUCACCAGUUCGCCCAUCAAAUCCGAGGAUGUGGCUCCUAGCAGUUGAAGCGUCCUUGAGUAUUCAUGUGAAUGUACAACUUUUCAAUUUGCACUUAAUUAGAUUAAUUAGUUAGCCUAUUAGUUAAGUUAAGCUACUAAACUAAAUGCAUGUACUCGUACAUAUUUAUGCCUUAAUAUGCAGAGUUACGGACACAGCUUAAGAAUGCUCAUAACGUUUACAGUUGAGUUUGAGUGUGAAUUGAGUUAGCUAACGCUAUUCAGAUACCAAUUAAUUAACAAUAAGUCAAAAGUGAUUUGAAUCUUUACAAUAAACUAAGUUUUUCUUAAUGAA